GACCUUACCCAGCAAAUCACUCCCACCAAGAUUCCUGAUCACAGACCACCUGAGCUAGACAUCUCUGCUACUACUACUUCUUUCGGUUCCUUACUAUCACCAGUUGAUUCCGGAGGCUUUCAACCACAUAAGAUUGGAUCCUUGAUGAUCACUGACGAGACUCUAGGAUACGGCUCACAUGGAACAGUAGUACUCAAAGGAACAUUUCAAGGACGACAAGUAGCGAUCAAAAGAUUAUUAAAAGAUUUUGUCACCUUAGCCACUCAUGAAGUCACCCUUUUACAAGAAUCAGAUGAUCAUCCGAAUGUGAUACGAUAUUUUGUAAAAGAAUCAUUAGAGAAUUUUUUAUAUAUCGCACUUGAAUUAUGUAAUGGAUCGUUAUUUGAUUUGAUUGAAAAGAAAAACUUUAAUGAAUAUGAAGAGAUCUUAGAACAUUUUAAUCCGAAGAAAGCAUUAAAACAAAUCACCUCUGGUUUAAGGUAUUUACAUUCACUUAAGAUUGUACAUCGAGAUAUCAAACCUCAAAACAUUUUAAUUAGUUUUACAAAAGGACCAGUGAUUUCGAAUAAAAGAUCAAAUGAAAAGAAAUCGAUUAAAGCACCAUCUUGCAAAAAUUUGAAUCAAAGAAGAACCGUUAGAAUGUUGAUUUCGGAUUUCGGACUUUGUAAAAAGUUGGAUAUAGAUGAAAGUAGUUUUGCUCAAACUGCUAAUCAUGGAGCUGGAUCAUUUGGUUAUAGAGCACCUGAAAUCUUAAAAGGACAAAAUGGAACGAGUUCGAAUGGGAAUCGAUUGACUAGAUCGAUUGAUAUCUUUUCAUUAGGUUGUAUUUUUUAUUAUGUACUUACUAGAGGUGAACAUCCGUUUGGAAGUAGGUAUGAAAGAGAAGUGAAUAUCUUGAAGGGUGAUAUGACCUUAGAACAGUUGGAUGGGUUUGAUGAAGAAGCAUUUGAAGCUCAGUAUUUAAUUAAAUCUAUGUUGAGAUCUAAUCCAAAAGAAAGACCUACAGCAGAACAAGUUUUACAGAACCCAUAUUUUUGGAAUCCGAAUAAAAGAUUAAUGUUUUUAUGUGAAUCGAGUGAUCGGUUUGAGAUCUUAGAUCGAGAAAGUCAAGAACCUAGUACGAUUGAAAUCUUAAAUCGAUUAGAAAACCUUGAAAUCUUUUAUGAAUAUUUACCUUCUACUUUGUCACGUCAAAUCGGAUUAGAUUGGGAUAAGAGAGUAGAUAAGAUCUUGGUUGAGAAUUUGGGAAAGUAUAGAAGAUAUGAUUUUGGUUCGAUUAGAGAUUUGUUAAGGGUUUUAAGAAAUAAAAAACAUCAUUUUCAAGAUUUACCAGAAAACUUAAAACGUACAUUAGGUAACUUACCAGAAGGUUUUUUGAAUUAUUUUACAAAACGAUUUCCUUCAUUGAUUAUACAUGUUUAUUUGAUUAUUGAAAAGUUUUUGAGUCAUGAAUCUAUGUUUUUUAAUUAUUUUUUGAGAUCUGAUGAUGAUCAACUUGAUGAUUUGUAAUACAAUCCUUUAUUUUUCUUUUUCCAUGAUUGUAUAUGUUUUUUUGGGGGGGUUUUGUAUUUGGUUUUGGAGAUCAAAAUUUGUGGAUAGGUUUUGUUUAGGUUGGAAAUGGGAAAUGAGAAUUUGGAACGAUUUCAGAGGGGUUUUCUUCUUCUUUUUCUAUAGCAGACUCUCUUUUCUUUCUGUAUAUGAUGAUGUUUUUUCUCUAUUUGGAUAUCUCCUCUCUCUCUCUCUAUGUGUUUCAUUUUUGCUCAUUUAUAUUCAUUGUUUGUUUUUGUCGUUCUUAGUCUCUCUUUCUUCUACUCUUUGUUUUUGCAUUUUAUUGUUUCAAGAGUAUAUAUAUCUAGAUUGAAAAGUAUAAAAAGAUUGGAUUGAUUU